GCCUAAGCCGCCGAGGGGCCUUUUGCGCAGUCGCUGAGCUGAGGAGUUUGUUGCUGUUUGUUUCCCCCAGAGGGGCCCGGAGGGGAGGGUGACGCCUCCCGACUCUCCUGCUUCCGCUGCCCGGAAAGAUGCCGCUCUUCACCACCAACCCCUUCGACCAGGAUGUGGAGAAAGCAACCAGUGAGAUGAAUACUGCAGAAGACUGGGGACUCAUCUUAGACAUUUGUGAUAAAGUUGGACAGUCACGAACCGGGCCUAAGGAUUGCCUUCGGUCUGUUAUGAAGAGAGUGAACCACAAGGAUCCUCAUGUUGCUAUGCAAGCAUUGACACUUCUAGGAGCAUGUGUUUCAAACUGUGGUAAAAUAUUUCAUUUAGAAGUAUGUUCAAGAGAUUUUGCUAGUGAAGUAAGCAACGUAUUAAAUAAGGGUCAUCCAAAAGUUUGUGAAAAAUUAAAAGCCCUCAUGGUGGAAUGGACAGAUGAAUUCAAAAAUGACCCCCAACUUAGUCUGAUAUCUGCUAUGAUAAAAAAUCUUAAAGAGCAAGGUGUUACAUUUCCAGUUAUUGGUUCACAGGCUGCGGAACAAGCAAAGGCAAGCCCAGCCCUGGUAGCCAAAGAUCCUGGAGUCGUAGCAAACAAGAGAGAGGAAGAAGAUAUAGCUAAAGCUAUUGAAUUGUCACUGAAAGAACAAAGACAACAGCAGACUCCACUUUCUGGCCUUUAUCCAAGCGCCUCAAGUCUCCUGACAAAUCAUAAACACGAGGGCCGGAAGGUUCGCGCUAUUUAUGACUUUGAAGCUGCUGAAGAUAAUGAACUAACAUUUAAAGCAGGAGAGCUUAUCACCGUGCUUGAUGACAGUGAUCCAAAUUGGUGGAAAGGUGAAACUCAUCAAGGGAUCGGAUUGUUUCCUUCCAAUUUUGUAACUGCUGAUCUUACUGCUGAACCAGAAAUGAUGAAAACUGAGAAGAAAACAGUGCAGUUUAAUGAUGAAGUACAAGUUGAAACUAUUGAACCGGAGCCUGAACCUGUUUAUAUUGACGAAGAUAAAAUGGAUCAGCUGUUGCAGAUGCUUCAGAGUGCAGAUCCAUCUGAUGAUCAACCGGAUCUUCCAGAGCUGAUUCACCUUGAAGCAAUGUGCCAUCAAAUGGGACCACUCAUUGACGAAAAGCUGGAAGACAUAGACCGGAAACAUUCAGAACUCUCAGAGCUCAAUGUCAAAGUGAUGGAGGCACUCUCGCUAUAUACCAAGUUGAUGAAUGAAGAUCCAAUGUAUUCCAUGUAUUCAAAACUACAAAACCAACAGUAUUAUAUGGGACAGUCAGGCGUUCCUGGCUCUCAGGUCUAUCCAGGACAACCUCAAAGUAAUGCAUAUCUGAUGGCAGGGAAUGCACAGAUGGGCCAUGUUCAAGGCUAUAGUCUUCCUUCGGAGCAAGUUCCAUCUCUCAACCAAGGCACAGUUCCUCCGCCGGCAAGCUCAGGAUUACCUAGCCAGCCAGUUCAGACAUCUUAUACAAACCCCACGGCUUAAGUCCGUUCCUGGAAACACUUCAUUCUAACCAAGUUUCCGUGUACAGCCCGCCGUCGGUUGCUACUGCUGACGUUGCCGCCUACCAGAAUUCUGGAACUAUCUCCCAGGUGCCAAACUAUAACUUAGUCUCUUCAGCCCUGCCUCAGCCACCGGGCAGCCAACCUCCACCACAGC